AUGAGAUCCCACAGCGCUAUCACCAGCCCGGACUACCACCACUUCAAAUCCAUCCCGUGGUGCGCCGCCCACCUAGAAGAAAAAGGGGACACCCUCAUAGACGUGGCUCCAGGCCGCCUCUCUAAACGGAACCUAGAGGACUACCUCUUCUCCCGCACCUUCAACACCAAGGACACCAUCCCCGCCUUCCUCGCCAUCUACGACCUACCUCCGCCUAAUACUACCUCCUCCACCCCUUCCUCUUCCUCUUCCCUCCUCCGAGUCCUCGUCUCCCUAAGCGAGACCCUCUGCGGCUUCCCCUCCACCGUGCACGGCGGCAUCGUCGCCACCAUCCUCGACGAGGUCACCGGCAUGUUCUUCCCCAUCAACAAGCAACGCGGCGCCCUCCCCAACACGCCUUUCAUGACCGCCUCGCUCCUCACCACCUUCAUCCGCCCGGUCCCCGGCCCGGGUACCUUCCUCUGCCGCGCCCGCAUCGACCGCAUCGAGGGCCGGAAGGUCUUCGUCGUCGGGACCAUCGAGGAUGAGGCUGGCACUGUGCUGGCUAAGGGUGAUGCUCUGUUUGUUGCCAUUCGGGAGAAGCUGUGA